GUCCUUUUGAAAAACGAAGAGAAAAUUAUGCUAAAAAAAAAAACAAAAAAAAACAUUAUGGAUUAUCAUUUUCAAUCAUUUUAUUUAGAGGUUAUGCUUCGUUACUGUUUUUCAUCACAUAAAUAUUUAAACUUUACAUAAAAUUGAAGUCCUCUAGCACCAAAACAAAAAUGUCAACACGUUGGUAUCCUAUAUACCAGAGAGGCAAUCCGCAGCUGAGAGUCUUUCUACCAAACUUUUGGAUGAAAUUGGUUAGACCCCUGCCAAGGCAGUUGCCUAAUAUUGUACAUUUCCAAUGUUCAAUGGAAAUGACAAAAUAUGACAUCAAAAAUUAUUUAGAGAAAAUUUACCAAGUUCCGAUUGUUGAUGUUAGAACUAAAAUCACCACCGGGAAAUUCCGCAAAGAUGUUGGGAAGGGUUAUGUAGUAAAGGAUGAUGAUAUAAAAUAUGCAUUUGUUACAUUGCCAAAGAAUAUGAAAUUUGAAUUCCCAGAUUUACUUUCUGGUAAAAAGUCUGAAGAGGAGGAACACACUAAAUCAUUAGAUGAAUCAAAGAAAAGUUUUAAAAAGUACAUAAACCAAAACAAAGAUAGACCUGACAUCCCCAGUUGGUUUUCAAUAUAAACAGAUAUACUGAUAUAAAAAAUGUAAAAAUUAGUUGUAGGUUUAUUUUAUAUUUGUUAAGCAGUUACAAAUUAAUAUUAAAAACAGGUUGAACUGAA